AUGGGUCCGGGUGGGGCUGCACCCAGAGGGGCGGGGAUCGGGAGGCGAGCGCUGGACGCUGGGCAGCGAGCGCGCGUGUACUCAGGCUCGGAGUCACCGGGCAUCUCGGGAGCUCAUCUGCUCUGCUCCCGGUUGCGGCCGGGUCGGCGGGAUGAGGGACGGCGGGAGGGGACCCUGAGGAAGCGGCGGGAGAACGGCCCAGACCGCGAGGAGGGCGGAGCCGGAGGCGGCAAAGGCCCCGGUCUAGGGGGGGGCUCGCCAGCGCGGCAGGCAGACCCAGGCCGACAGAGCCCUAAGGCCCGGCUAGAGGCAUGUCCGGACCCCCGAGCCGGGAGCCCACCGCUGCCGCCGUCGCCCCCUUACCUGUCGGCCGGCACAGAGCCCAGUGUGGGAGGCGCCGAGUCCGCGAGCCCCUCUGCCCGCCGCCGAUUCAAAUACCGACGGUUGGCGAGAGCGGCCAAUCAGCGCGCGGCUGAGGCGGGGCACGGGGCACCGACAGCCAAUGGGAGGCAGAACGCCAGACCACGCCCACUAGGAGGUUUCGUUUCCGGGGCGAGGGCACGCUGGGCGAGGCGGACGCCGGAUUCCUCAGUAAAGGCGGCCCGUCUGAUGCGCCUAGAGGAAAGGCCGCACGCGGGUGGGUGGUGGCUGCGGAGCCCGCCGUCGCCCAAGAAUCCUGGGCUUUGCUGCGGACGCGCCUGGGCUGCGCGGAAAUCAGGGCCCGAGAGCCUCUCCCCUGAGUCUUAG